ACAAAAGAGAAAGCAUAUUGAAAAAAUAUAAAGCCCUCCCCAAUUCUUCUCUCUCUCUCAGUCUCUCUCUUAUUCUGUGUGCAGUAGCGCACAGCUAACAGCUUCAACAAUGCUUCCGAGGAAAAUGCCCAAUCCUUUUUCUUCCUCCUCCUCCUCAUCAUCAGCAUCAUCAUCACCAUCGUCGUCCAAGAAAUCCAACCCAACCAAUAAACCCCACCCCUCCAAGUUUGGCAUCCAACAUUUCUUCCAACGCCAUACCCAGAACGCCCUCUAAGCCUCUCAGAAGAGUCCGAACCCCGCCGCCACCCAUGCUCCGAGUUCGGGUCCAGAGAAAUCGGGUUUGCCUGUUCCAAACCCGAUAAAUGAUCCCGGAAAUGCACCCAAUUUGCAAAAUCCCGACCCGAAGCGUAACGUUUCGGCGUAUGGACUGAAUAGUGCGUCGCAGAAUGCGCCGACGGGUAAUGUCGCCGCGAUGGAUGUUAUUUCUGAUGAGAACCUGUUGGAGGGUUCGCAGGCGAAUGAUCAGAAUAGUGAUAAUGUUGCGGUGAUGGAUGUUAGUUCUGAUGACGACCUGCCGGAGGGUUCGCAGCCGCAGGCGAAUGAUCCGAAUAGAGCGUCGCAGAGUACGCCGACGGAUAAUAUCGAGAUGAUGGAUAUUAGUUCUGAUGAGGAACUGUCGGAUGUGUCGCCGGAGGUUUCCAAGUCUAAGUUCUCGCCUGCAACAGUAAAUGUGGCUCCAAAGAGGUUCAAGGUUGUCCACACAAGGAAAGUUGGGUCAUCAUCCGCUAGAAGGGAGGUCUUGGAACAGCAAUUGGGAAAUACAAAUCAUCCUGAAGAACCAUACGGUGGCGGUGAGGUGGAGGUGAACAUUGUCGGCGAUCAGAGAAGAGCGGGAAUUGGACGUAUGGCAGAAGUUUGGAAUCUGCCAGAGGGCAGGAAAAUCCCCAUCUUGUGUAAUGACUUUGGUCAACCCCUUGAUAUUGAAGGCUGUGUAUACACGAGGUUCCUUGGCUCCAUUGCAAGGACACAUACCAUCUUGCCAAUAAAUUUCAAUGGUUGGAGGAAAGUGCCUAUGACAAACAAGGAGGCAGCUUGGAAUGUCAUUUUGUCAAAAAAUUUAUUGCCUGAUGAUGGGGGACAAUAUGAUGUCAUAAAAAAGUGGUCUAUGAAGGAUUUGGAGGACAAAUGGACGAAUUGGAAGCAUAAUUUAAAGAACAAAUAUUUUGUGAGUCCAAAACUGCAGAACAUGUAGUGGCUAAAGCCCCCCUUGACAAGGUUGAUGUCACUCAAUAUACAGAACUUGUUCACUAUUGGUAUACGGAAGAAGCAAAGAUCAAGAGUGAUAAAGCUAAGAAGAUCCGCUCGGCACAGCAUAAUAAUCACGCAGCGGGAUCAAAAAGUUAUGCCAAACAUGCAUAUGACAUGGAAAAAUCUACUGGAGUUAAGCUGAAUAGGGCCCAAGUAUAUAUUGUGAAGCAUAAGCGUAAAGACAGCACCCCCCUUAAUGAUGAGACGGGAAGAAACAUUUCACAAAUGGAGGAGCUCCUAGCACAAGAGCCUCCAAACUCACCGGGGGGUAAGCAAGAGCAAGGGAGCAUUGUUUGGUCUCUAAAUGAUGCUUAUGCGCAAGUUAUAGGUCCAGAGCAAUAUGGGCGUGUCCGUGGAUUGGGAAAAGGCUUGGCCCUUCAUCCCAACUUGAUCAUAGAAAGAAAAACUCUUUCAUGGAUGGAGUUGUAGAGGGUGCCUCCAGAGAGAAAGAUACGCAAGAAAUUGCGGCGCUAAAGGACUAUGUUGUUAAACUAGAGGACAAAAUGUCGAGUCUCCAAAAUAUGGUUCAGCAAUUUAUACAACGGAUGGAUAUACAGGGUGACUUUAACUCUCCACGUGGACAUCCGAAAUCAUCUGCAGCUAGUCAUACAGUGGCAACUCCAUGUGAUGAAUGAGAUUCUUGCAUGUUGUCAUGAUUCUCAUUUGCAAAUGAUGAUCAGGGUGAUGGUGGGAAUGCUGCCUGAGGGUGAAACAUGAGAUGUCAAGAAAUCCAUCAAUCUUGGUUGCAAACAUGAGAUAUUUUGCCUUUUGUACUGUGUAAUUUUGAAUUACAAUCACCAUCUUCCUGUGUGUAAGAGGGAAACAAAUGCUGAAUUUCAAAAAUGAAAUGUAUAUAU